AGAGACUCCAAAUAUUUACCACUUGGCUAACUAAAUAUCUUUAUUUCUAAACUGAGCUUCCUCCCUCGCUCUUGUACAUAUAUAUACUUUUCGACCACGCAUGAGUUUAGGUGGAUUUUCGCGAAUAUAAAGUGGAGUAUCCGUACGUCCACGACACACGCUUAAAAAGUGGACAAAAUGUAUUCCUCUGCUGGAGUCACCGAGAUGCAAGAGGGACCCCGUUCUUCUGGGUCAGCGAGCUCUGAGCCGCCAUCCUCCCCAGUGCCAGAAUAUGUGUUCAAGCCACCAUCACGGCCGGACUUCGGCACCAUGGGCAGGACAAUCAAGCUCCAGGCCAACUUCUUCGAGAUGGAAAUCCCCAAACUGGAGGUCUACCAUUAUGACAUUGACAUCAAGCCUGAGAAAUGCCCCAGGAGGGUCAACCGAGAAAUUGUGGAGCACAUGGUCCAGCACUUUAAAACACAAAUCUUCGGUGAUCGAAAGCCAGUAUAUGAUGGGAGGAAGAAUCUCUACACUGCCAUGCCCUUGCCCAUAGGCAGAGACAAAGUGGAGCUUGAGGUAACCAUUCCUGGUGAAGGCAAAGACCGAAGCUUCAAAGUAUCUAUCAAGUGGGUGUCCUGUGUUAGCCUGCAAGCGCUGCAUGAGGCACUAUCAGGGCGGCUACCCAGCGUCCCCUUUGAGACCGUCCAAGCCUUGGAUGUGGUCAUGAGACAUUUGCCCUCUAUGAGGUAUACCCCAGUGGGCCGCUCUUUCUUCACUCCCUCAGAGGGAUGUUCGAACCCCCUCGGUGGAGGCAGAGAGGUGUGGUUUGGCUUCCACCAGUCUGUCAGGCCCUCCCUUUGGAAAAUGAUGCUCAACAUCGAUGUUUCUGCCACUGCAUUCUACAAAGCCCAGCCUGUAAUUGAGUUCAUGUGUGAGGUCUUGGAUUUCAAAAGCAUUGAAGAACAACAGAAGCCCUUAACGGACUCUCAACGAGUGAAAUUUACAAAGGAAAUCAAAGGCCUGAAGGUGGAGAUCACUCACUGUGGGCAGAUGAAGAGGAAGUAUAGAGUGUGCAACGUGACCAGAAGACCAGCCAGCCACCAAACGUUCCCCCUACAGCAGGAAAAUGGCCAAACCAUUGAAUGCACAGUAGCACAGUACUUCAAAGACAAGUACAAGCUCAUCCUGAGAUACCCCCACCUCCCGUGUCUACAGGUGGGACAGGAGCAGAAGCACACCUACCUACCUCUAGAGGUGUGUAACAUAGUGGCAGGACAGCGCUGCAUCAAAAAGCUGACAGACAAUCAGACCUCCACUAUGAUUCGUGCCACAGCCCGAUCGGCACCAGACCGUCAGGACGAGAUCAGUAAACUGAUGAGAAGUGCCAACUUCAACACUGACCCUUACGUUCGUGAAUUUGGAGUGAUGGUGAGAGACGAGAUGACAGAAGUGAACGGCCGUGUCCUACAAGCACCUUCCAUUCUGUAUGGAGGCAGGAACAAAGCAAUAGCCACACCAAUCCAGGGAGUAUGGGACAUGAGGAACAAGCAGUUCCACACUGGCAUUGAGAUCAAAGUGUGGGCCAUCGCCUGCUUUGCACCGCAGAGGCAGUGCACUGAACUCCUGCUCAAAGCAUUCACAGAUCAGCUGAGGAAGAUCUCUCGGGAUGCAGGGAUGCCCAUCCAGGGUCAGCCUUGCUUCUGUAAGUACGCCCAGGGAGCGGACAGUGUGGAGCCCAUGUUCAGGCACCUCAAGUACACCUACCAGGGCCUGCAGCUGGUGGUCGUUAUCCUACCGGGGAAGACGCCCGUCUACGCUGAGGUGAAACGUGUUGGGGACACAGUACUUGGCAUGGCCACGCAGUGUGUGCAGGUGAAGAAUGUUCAAAAGACGACACCUCAGACCCUCUCUAACCUGUGUCUGAAGAUCAACGUCAAGCUGGGUGGUGUCAAUAACAUCCUCCUCCCGCAGGGCAGGCCAUUGGUCUUCCAGCAGCCUGUGAUCUUCCUUGGUGCAGAUGUGACUCAUCCGCCUGCAGGAGAUGGAAAAAAGCCUUCCAUUGCUGCUGUCGUUGGUAGUAUGGAUGCACAUCCCAGCAGAUACUGUGCCACAGUGCGGGUGCAGCAGCACCGUCAGGACAUCAUCCAGGACCUGGCCACCAUGGUGAGGGAGCUGCUCAUUCAGUUCUACAAGUCCACCCGCUUCAAGCCCACCAGGAUCAUUUACUAUCGCGAUGGCAUCUCUGAGGGCCAGUUCAACCAGGUCCUUCAACACGAGCUGCUGGCGAUCCGUGAGGCCUGCAUCAAGCUCGAGAAGGACUACCAGCCGGGUAUCACCUUUGUUGUUGUGCAGAAGAGGCAUCACACAAGACUGUUCUGUAUGGACAGAAACGAGAGGGUUGGAAAGAGUGGCAACAUUCCCGCAGGCACCACAGUGGACACCAAAAUCACUCACCCAUCAGAAUUUGACUUCUACCUUUGCAGUCACGCUGGCAUUCAGGGUACCAGCAGGCCCUCUCAUUACCAUGUGCUCUGGGACGACAACCACUUCUCUUCAGACGAACUCCAGGUCCUCACCUAUCAGCUAUGUCACACUUACGUGCGCUGCACUCGGUCAGUUUCCAUCCCAGCACCAGCUUACUACGCCCAUUUGGUGGCUUUCCGGGCUCGCUAUCACUUGGUGGAUAAAGAGCACGACAGUGCCGAGGGCAGUCAUACAUCAGGCCAGAGUAACGGCCGUGACCAACAGGCCUUGGCCAAGGCCGUGCAGAUCCACCAGGACACCCUGCGCACCAUGUACUUUGCCUGAGAGCACACAACCCCAGGGUCUUGGUGCUCGAAGGGAGAAGAAUCAAAUUCAUCAAAAGAUGAAGGGGGACUGUUUACUGUUAAUAUGCCUAAAGAUUUGCUCCUCUGACAAACAUUAUUUAUCAGCCAAUCAAAGCAAAGUGCACUGACCAGAAUGGGUACUUCAAUCAGGACAAAAGUACUUAAUAUAUUGAGGGUUGUGUGUGAUUUUUCACAUAGGGCACUAUGUGAUGAAAAGUGCCAUUUGAGACCACCUUUCUGUUGUCAUUUCUGUGUAAAACUAUGAAUUAUUACUCUGCCCAUAUCUGCUGGGUUUUCAGUAUUUUUCCUUGAUUGACACUGAUGACCAUUUAAUGCCAAAUCUGGUGACAAUUGACUAAAAGGAUUCUUUGCAUCAGAUUUGUUUUCAACCCUCGAACCAACACUUGGUUUAUUCUAGAUGAGGGCUUUUAAUUUUCAGAUAGAGAUUGGAAAAACAACAGUUGUAUCCUUCUUGGCCUCUUGUCUGAACUGAAACAGUAACCCUAUUCCCAUGCCGAGUCAGAGUAUUGGGACAGGUUCCCAACAAGGACACCUUUUUAAUGUAGUCUGAGCCGUGUUGAUAAAAGACACAUGAUUUAGAAAUCAACAUAGAGGGGAACUUGAUGAAACCCCCCUUUUAUUUUUGUUCCCUUCUGUUUUUUUAAUAGUCUAAUUUAAUUUCAAUCAGUUUUGUAAUGGAUAUGCAUGUAGCUGACUCAUGUUUUAGACACUUAGGCAUUUGUGAUAAUUGUUUUAUUUCCUCCUUUUUACACAUUAACCCAUCUAUGUUUUAAUGUAUAUAGCAGCAGGAUAGUGUUUUCUGCAGUGUCUUUGUCAGAGCGGGAUAUUUGUGUGGCGUCUUGAUAUCCAGGCAUUCGGUACAGUGGAGUGAAAGCUGCAACAUUUUAGAGUUUAACUAAUUGAAAUUCCCUUAAAAAAACAAAACACCAUAGUGGUUGCUCCUUGAAUUGGGAGCAGUCGUCGCACAAAAGCUUGGGUUUUAUGCAAAUGACUUUUUGUGAGUCUUUAUACUAUAUAGUAAUGUUGGUAAUAAGGUAUAUUUUGAAUAAGCUUUCAGUGGAGGCUGCUGAAAAUAUAUUAGAGAUUUUUUUAAAUGACCGGCCCACACGUAGUCUAAAUUAACACUGUCUAUUUGUAUACAGAUUUUAAAUGCAAAUAUUCUCUUGCCUUCUAAGACUGUAACAGUCUUACUACUAAUAAUAAUAAUAAUAAUAAUUCUAGACAUUUCCUAACAUCCCACCUAAGUUUUACUACUAAGUUAAGCUGGCGAAUGUUCUCUUAGUCUUGAUUGGAGGCGAGUAGUCUAUAUUUUCUAACUAUGCAUCAUUUUUAACCAAGAGAUUUAGCAGUGGGGUAUCUCACCUGAAUUUGGGUCAUUUAUAGAGGUAGAUAAUCAGGGCUUUUGUUUGUUUGUUUUUUUGUUAUUGUUUUUUAGCAUGUUGCAUUUAGUAGCGUUUCUUAGUGCUUAUCAGCGUCUUCAUGCCUUUCUAACGGGAUGAAGUAUUUAUGUGGUCAUUUGUAACAUUGUAGAUUUUAUAGCCUAAAAAAAAAUUGGUCUAUCCUUUGUAACAUACAAUCUUUCUUAGCCAAACAAGAUUACAAACUUUUACAUGAUUAAUAUUCAUAAGACAAUGAAAGCACAAAAGGACAUCUUGAUUCUGGGUGCUAGAAGUUUUCACUGUAAACCACCUUAAAUCCUCACUGGACUGGUCAACGAGGCUUUUUAACUUGUAUGCUUAAAAGACGCUUCAUCAUUUGGGGAUCUUUUCUCUCCCUUUUGACGACCUCUCUGUGUUAACCCUUUUUACUCAUUACCUGUAAAGCAACUAGAAAUCCGACUGACUGUGUUUGUGGGGCAUUCUGAAAAAUCAUGUACUUGAUAUUUACUGUUAUGAUGUCAAUAUUGUUGUUAUCGGUGCUGGUCUCACAACAUGUAAAUUUGGAUGCACUUUUGAUAGCAGGACGUUGGAAUGACAGAUUUGUGUUCCUCAAUCGCAGCAGGAGGCUCGGCCAUAUUGCAUGACACUGGUGUAAUUGUAUGGAAAUGGCCGUGUGUUCUACCUCUUGUUACCUGUUUAAGUGUUAUGGUAACAUCACACUGCUGGCCAUUUCUGCAUAAUUACCCCUGCUUUCUAUCAAAUUGGCAUUGAGUCUUGUAUUGACAGUAGAGGUUUUAAACGCUUGGUGUGCAUGACGCGAUUUCUCAGUUUAUGUAGUUGUGAUAUUUUAUUUUAUAUUUUACUAAAACUGAUAUGAGAGAAUGUGUUGUUUUUUUUUUCUUUUAGGGGUUUUGAGCGUUGAGCUAUACGACCAAAUUCUUGAAGUGUGUUUGUAUUCACACAAAGUUUUCCUUUCUUUCUUUCCUUUUUAUUCUAUGCACCAGUUAAAUGACAGACUUUUUUUGACAACAUAAUUUUCCGCCUGAGCAGUAUAACAACAAAUGCAAAGGCCACAUCAUCAUCGCAUAUCCUUGAGUAGGAGAAAUUGUAAAUGUACCCUAGUGGUGCUGUUAAGCCUAGUCCACACAUACACAGGUAUUUCUUAAAACUGAGCUGUUUUAGUGCGUUUUGGCUACUUGUCCACAUGAAACUGUGUUUUAGGUCCCUGAAAUCAUCUUUUUCUUGUAAAACUCUUGCCAGGAUAAAGAUUUUCACUAACAAGAAAAGCAAGUUUUUGGCUCAUAACGCUAGUAUUUCAUAAACACAUGCUGUAUGGUGAUGGGGAUCAUUACAGAGACAUUAAAUUACCAAUGUCAGAAUAGAAGAUUUUUGCCGUAUUGCUCAGUCUUUUCCCAGACUGCCCUGUUUUCACCUCAUUUGUGAUGCCUCACAAACAAGACAUUUCCAUGCAAUGGCAGAUUUGGCAACAUUUUGUGCUGAUUUUAACAUUCGAACAGGACUUUUACAUGUCUGUACAAGAAUGUACAGUUAAUUUACCACUAUAUUGAGGAAAUGCAUACAGUCUGUUCGUUCAGCAUGCUCUUGACAGCACUUCAAUUUUAUUUUUGUGUUUUUAUUUGGACAGAUAUUUUUUUAUAACUGGUGCUUGUGUGGACUCAAUUUUAUUUUUGGAACAAAGGAAGGAAAUGCCCUGUUUUUCAGAAAUAUUCGUGUAAGUUUGGACAGAGCCUUAGUCAGACUGUUAAGUUGUUUGCGAACCAGAAACAAUAGCAAACCUCUUCAACCAUAAAAAACUUUGAGCACGUAUUGAAAUCCAUGCAAAAAUGUAAUGAAUGUGAUUCAGGAAGGCUUUUGAUCAGAUACCUUCAAUCACAGAACAUUAUGUAAUUUGUAAUCCAAUGCCAUAAUUCGUGGAAAUCUUUAAGUGUGAUCUGCCGUUGUUUUGUGGAGACGAUGGAGGUGGAGGCCUGUUGUUGACUGUUUGGAAAUAUGAAUGUCAAAGUGUAGAUGGUGGAAAAGUGAUCGGGUGUUCUAAAUGAUAGCGUGCUGAACUUCAGAACAUCAGUUUGGGAGAUAGCCUUGUACUUGUUGUUACUGCUCCUUACUUGUUUUACAUUACCUAUACCAGCACCUUAAAAUAGCAGAUCAGAGCGGCAUUGCUUUUCCUGAAAAUAAAACUCAAACAUUUGACAAUGUUGUUUUUGCACUAAACAAGAAUGGACUUUUGUAGCUGUUGCAGCAUUUAAAGUAUUUAUCAGGUGGCAGACUGGCAGGCUUUUUUUACUUUAGAAAGGAGCAGCUGUCAUUAUACAAGAGGCACAGUUGAUGGGCUUCACAGCCUUGGUGUUGUGCACAUGCCAUUCAGAAAGCCACGCCUGCUGAUCCAGAGGGAUUCUACCUAGCUAACCAGCAUUCAGCAUGUCGUCUUAGAAAUGUCCUAAUGCCUUUUUAAAUGUUAACAAAAGAGUGAAACUUGUAGUUGCAUAGGUGGGUUGCCUUUGUACAGUGAUGAGGGAGAAAGGUGCUUUAUGCAAAACAAACUGACAGGUGUUGAAGGGAGCCGAUUAGAUAUGGACUGUAGGAUUUCUGUUCAAGACUGCAUAUGUGCACAGAAAAACUUAAAGUAAGGCCUCUUUACCACCAGAGACUAUACAUAUCAAGAUUCAGAAGAGGCUUUUCCUUUUUACAUAAAUCUGCUUGAUCGUGAUGAACUAAAUCAAGAAUGUUUAUGAAAGAAAUGAAUACACCAGCCUGGAUGAAUGUGGCACUAUUUUACAUGUUUAAUGGUGUCCAAGGUGCUUAGUUAAGCAUUCAAAACCCCUGCAGUGGUAACCCUAAUGACUUUACUUCACCUCGGUUUGGCUGUUUUUCUGUAUUGUUUCGAAUGUCCAAGACUAGGACAACGCAGGCUGUAGAAACGGCUUGUUUUUAAACUAAAUGGCAUAUCAUAAGCUAAUUUAACUGAUCAGUUAAUUUUAUUUUCUCUAUACCAGGUUUUUUUUCCUUUUUGUAAGUAUGUUUAAAUAUAGGGAGACUGAUACAAUUCCUCCAAGUGUAAUGCUCAGCCUGUUUACUUUUUGGCUUCUAAAUGGUCUUGGAAUAACACAAAGCCCAACUUCUGAUGAACCAACAGCCUAUACAUAAUCCAAACCAUGACCGUAUAUAGUAAAGUCUCUUCUCUCUGCCUCUCAUCCGUCUCUUGUAGAGAAACUAUUGCUGACAUAUAGAAACCUCUUGUAGAGUAGAACCUAUUUUCCUAGCUCCAAAUAAUAACAAUGAAUGUACUUAGAGCCUGUUUGGUUUGUAAUAUUGUAUAGGCUAUCCAUCCAGUACAUUUAUACUCAUUUUUCUUUCUUGUGUAUAGCCUUUUCUUGAUCUUUUUGGUGUUUUUCUCUUAUUUAUAGGCUUUAUUAAUGAUUGCAGAAAGUAUUAUGUUUUCUUCAUUGAUUUAGAUAUCGCCCACAUCACAGCUGAUAUCAUUAAUCCUUUCACUGAUUAACAGGAGGUAUACAAGUCUACAGUUGAGAUGUCUUUCUCUGGAUGUUUGCUACUGUAGUUUUAGGAGACAAAUGUUUCACACUGUUGCAAAGAGUAGUCAUCUUUUCUGUUUUUGGCGUCAUGCUUGUGUGAGGUGCUGUAACAUAAGAGCUGUGUGUGUAUAUAUGAUGGUUGCUUUGGUGUGUGUGUUUCCUGUUAGAGUUUUUGGCUUCUGCUUAAGCCCUCUAGCCUAUUUCCUGUCCUGUUAAAUCCUCCCUGAGUUCAACUCACUAACUCUUUAGCGCAGUGCCACUUGAAAGCAAACAAGCUGAGGUUUUUUUUUGAGUGUCGCUUGUGUUCCUUACUUUUGGUGAUUGUAUUACAACGCAGCUGUUUUACCUGAUUUUUUUUUUUUUUUUAAAGGACAGUUUAUGAUUUAUGUUGCACUCUGCUGGCUUCAGAUAGCAUAAUUUUCCUCCUCCUAUUCCUAGAUGAACUUUUCUGAAGCAUCACUAUUGUCCUUGACAGUCGGUCUUUAUCAUGCCAAUGUCCAAUUACCUAUAGCCAUGUGACACCGGUGUGGUUUUCACAAGGUCUUUGCAGUUCAAGAUUGCCUAUUUUAUAGUUUUUAGCUACCAGUCUGAAUUAUUGAGCACAAAUUUAAAUGGGGUACUGACAGACCUGAGGAAAAACCAUUAAACCAACACUCAUGUCCUGUGGAUGCAGCUACAUCACAUUUUUGUUAUCACUUCUGGUUUUAGUCUUGGUUUCACUGUACCUUGAGAAGUGUCUCAAAGCAUCUUUGAGCAGUCACAUUUCCAUUGCUGUUUAGCAAAUAUGUUUUUCCAUGCUCGCACCAAGGCUGUAUGCAUAGCAUUGUUGGGCAGUCGUUUCUUUCACCAAUCAGCUUCAGUAUCUGUGCAAAAUUUCAUGGCAAUCCAUCCAAUAGUUGUUGAGACAUUCGUCCCAAGAGAAUGUACACUUAUGACUUUGGUGAUUCGCUGGCCUUUCCUCUAGCACCACUAGCAGGUCAAAGUUUUCGCUUAAACAGUGAAAUAUCUCAACAUGUAUAUGAUGGAUUGGAACAAAAUGUUGUACAAACAUUCAAUGUUUCCAGACAAUGAAGCCCAAUAACUUUGAUGAUCCCUUCAAAGGAGCAUUAUGUGGGAUUUAUGGGGAUCUUUUUGCAGAAAUGGAAAUUUCUGAUAUGGAAGUUACCUGAAGGCCACCGUAGGUUCUUGUGACAUGUUUGGAAAGGGCAGGGCUUUCAGUUAGAUGCAGUGUGCAUUUUAACCACUAGAUGCCACUAAAUCCUAAACAUUGUUCCUUUUGACUUUCAAUCUUGGGCCACCAUUUUUUCCAAUACUUUCUGACAAAAAGCCUGCAGAAUUAAUGACUUUCGCAUCAGCCUCAGUUCUACUUUGUAUUGACUGCUAAUUAAAAAAUGUUAGCAAGCAUGCCACACUAUGAUGAAUCAAAGAACCACGAUGCUUGAGUUCAGCCUCGCAGAGCUGCUUGCAAGUCGGUUCUUUGUGUCCCACAAACACAUUGAAAACACAUUUUUGAUCAAUGUGGGAACAAAUACAUGACAAUAAGGAUGAGCUGGUCAGUUAUCAAUAACAGUUUUCACUAAAUUAAGACAUGUAUGUACUAUGUAUGUGUUAAAUGCUUGAGGAGAACAGAGAAAUCCGGCGUGAGCAAGAAAGAAACCAUAAUCAAGCCAGAAUGUGUCGUAGCUGCCUCCUGAUGGACAUUUGGUGUCAUGUUCGAGGGCUGUCAUAAAUCUGACGUUGACUGAGGAGAACUGUUAACAAGCUUCACCAAACCAAUGCCAUCCAGCUGAUCUACAUGUAUCCAAUCAUGCAAGACUCCUGUGGGUAUUUUUGUAUUUUCAAAGCAUUUCUAGUCUUCAGAAUGACUUGGCUUUUUAUUUACCAACUUGGACAAAAAACUACCUCAGAGCAGUGUCAGGUGCUAGCUAAUAUUAGCCCUCAUUUGUAAUAAUGGUAACAAAAAUCAAAAAUUGUUGUGACCAAACCAAUACAAGCCAAUAUCGUGUGAGAGCACUGUUCUUUUCUUUAACCUUAAUAAAUGGAAAACCAAGUAAUCGUGUAUGACUGGUUGGUUGCUUUAGUUGGUUACACUUUAGGGGACCAAAUUUUUGUAAUUGGGAGUCUCAUUGUUUCAUGCGAGUCCUUCAUUUUUCAAACGAUAGCGACAAAAACAACCUAGCACAAGCGAGGACUCAUUCACGUGGUAAUCAUGACCGGAUCAUUUGUCAACAAAUGUGCCAUCAUAAAAUAAUUGUUAUUCACUAUGACAAUGCGUUGAUAUUCCAGCGAGAAGUUGGCGAUAAUGACGAAUGUUUGUAGUGGCGGUGGAGGUUUGUUGGGAGGAUGUAUGUACAGCAAUAAUGGAUCGUUGGUAAUUAGUUUGUCUUUACACCAGUCUGUCCUCUUUACGCAGGUCAGGUCAAUGCUCAAUAAACAUAUUUGACUUUUAGUCGGCUGGACAAUACUUUGCAAAUAGAUUUGUCUCAAACCUUGGAACCAGCUUUUUCUGUCUUUGUUUUACCGGAAUGUUAAAAUAUUAAGGUUUCAUACAGGAUAGAGCCACUCCACGUGAUCAAAUGCCUCCAUUUCUCUGCCGUGUUAACCCAGUACUGCAAUAAAAUCAGGGUCGAUGUCCCUGUCUCCUACUCAGUUCAUUUCUCCUGCGAAUAGCCAGACUCAACGCCAUUUAUGUUAAGGGUAUAAGAUGUAGUUUUUACAUGCGACAAUUUACAAAAAGGGAAUAUACACAUUUGAUCAUACUUUACAAUGUAGCAGAACAUUGUAAUUUCAACGAAAGGUACAUAUGAGGCUGUGUGGCAAUUAACUACAGAUUGUUGUAAUUUAAACUGAAAACAUCCAGCGUUGUUCGUAGUCGUUUUUAUGUGUGCCUUUUGUCGGAUCUUUCUCUUCUCCAUCUGCCCCAGCAUUGGGUUUGUGAGUCCUUUGAACAUAAAAGGUUUGACAAAAUCUUCUGCGCCACAUAAUAAUAAAAAAAUAAAAUCAAUUUUUAAUUAUCAUGCAACCUUGCGUGUAGAUGCUGCAUAGAACGAUCAGUAUUUGUGUUUUGCACUUUCAAAGCAGUCUCAAAAAGAAAUGGCCCACUUGACGUUGGGCAGAAAGUUUAAAAAAAAACAACUGACGAGGUAUUUUAUGCUAUCAAUAGGAAUUAUAAGGAAUAAUAUGACUUUGAAGAGCUUUUCUAAAAAGGUUGAUAUAUCUAUAUAUAUUCAUGAAGUACCUCAUAAGCCUGAUAUAUGCUGCAUUGACUUUUUUUUCUGUAGUGUACUUCAUAUUGUCCAAUAAAAUUUUAAUUUUCCCCUUUUGGGAGGUUUGAAUGUCACUACAGGCUGUGCACACGCCACAACCAGUAAAUCUAAUAGAGUUCUGUUGUAACAGAGGAGUACGUUACACUUUGUGGCCAAAUGAUUAUGUGUCAUUUAUGCAAUUUCUACGCAAAUCUCAUCAGAUUAUUUCUCACUUGUUGUAGCCACAUCAGAUUCUGUGCUCUGUCUCGGGUAUUUUUGUUGGUUUUUUUGCAUAAUCUUGUGUCUGUGUAGCCAAAAAUAUCGGGUUUAGUUUGACGAAGAGUUGACACGCACCGAGCAUCCUGCGAGGCUCCGCGGUAGAACACGACUGUUGACUCAGGUAUUGUCGUGAAAAGGGCUGUAUCUGCUUACUGUGUCCCUGUCCUCCCCCCCAACCCCCCACCCCACCCCUACUUCUGCACCUUUGUCUUAAAAUAGCCUUAGAUCUACAUGUGAGGUUCCUAUUUGGCCUUAAAAGUUGAACAAAUUAUGCACUACAAUUUCACUUGACAGAGAGCUCGAUUCCCGUUCAGACACAUUUCUUGAAGAGUUUGCGCCGCGUCAUUGCCGUGUUAUCUACCUCCUAUGAAUGUAGGGGCUGUCCUGGAGUUGUAGUCUAUUGCAAAACUUUUAAUUUUCUUGCUCAUUUAAAGGAAAACAGACAAUCAUCUGUAGUUUCUUGAAAAAUAUAAAAUAUAUCCCCCUAUUCAUUCAUUCAUACAUAGAAGUGAUUCCAGGACACUCCAUUUU